AUGGCUAACGGACCACAAGCCGCGAGUAUUGCACUCCGGGUUUUGGAGCUCAUAAUGUCAAUCAUUUUGUUGGGAUUAUCGGCUGGUUUCACUGCUGAUAUCAGAGAAGCGAGGGUGAUUUACAAUUUGGUUGCUAGUGUUAUAAGUGUGACCUACCUUGGCUAUGUGGGUGCUUUCGUCCCCAUUUUUUUCAACUACAACUCGCCAUCUUGGAUAAUCUUGAUCAUGGAGAUUUUGAAUUUUGUCUUGCUUUUGUCGAGCUGGGCGGUGGUUGCAAGUGAUUUCCCAACCGAUUGUCCAACCAACAGCUGGGGCAAGCAAAAUUGCCAGAUUUACCAAACCAUGUUGGCCUUUGGCAUCAUGGACUGGCUCUUGUACACCUUCUCCAUGUCCUUCUUCAUCGGCUACAGUUAUGUUCCCGAGAUCCGCGAAUAUGGGUUUUUUCAUCAAUUCAGAUUCACGGAUUACUACUGGGGAUGCAUCUUUGUGGAUCCUCACAGCGGGCUUCGUCUUCGCCAUUGCUUUGGCUGGAGAAUUUUCGACUGGAGCGACGGCAAAGACAUGGAAAGAGUUGUUGCUAAUUCCCAUGGGCAACCCGAGAUUAAUGUUGGGGGUGUUGGUGUUGGUGGUGCCGGUGGUGUUGCUGGAGUUGGUAGUGUUGGUGCACCAGGUGCAGCCGGUGUCAAGAGUGCUGACUCGCAACAAGCAAACUCUCCUGCGUCGAAAGCUGCAGUCACGGCAGCCACCAGUACUCAUUGA